GCACACUGUUACUGGAGCUGUCAGCUCGGCUCUGGGAAGGUUUUCUCCCCUCUCUCUCUGUCCAGUCUUCAGCUACAGACCGACUGGCAGACUGCAGCCAGCGGCAAGCCUCUUGCCUUUGUUCGCUAGCUUGGAAGACACCAAGAAAAAAGAGGCGCAUCCAUGCAGCAGCACACUUUUUUUGGAAAAUGAUCAUCUGUACGAAUAAAAUGGAGUACCCCCUAAGAACCCAGUGCCAGCGAGUCAACAAACAGACAUGUUUAUGAGAUUACACAAAACACCAGUGUCCUCUUUGUGUGGUGCCAGUGAUGAAAAAUCCCAUCUCCUCAGUCUGUAAAAGAGUGAUGGUGAACGGCGAGAACGAGCGAGUGUCGCUGCUGUUCAUGAAGGCUCUGGUCAGCAGGGGGAGCGUUGACGCCGUGUCCCAGCAGAUGGCCUCUCACCCUCAGUACUUGGAGAGCUUCCUGCGCACACAGCACUACAUCCUGCACAUGGAUGGCCCCCUGCCGCUGCCAUACCGCCAUUACAUCGCCAUCAUGGCUGCAGCACGACAUCACUGCAACUACCUGGUGUACGUGCACUCAGCCCAGUUUCUGAGGGUGGGCGGGGACCCUCUGUGGUUGCAGGGUUUGGAUGCGGCGCCCCCUCGCCUUCGUCUUCUUGACCACAUCAACAAGGUGCUGGCCCACCAACCCUGGCUCACUGCCUGCUCACACAUCCAGACGCUGCUGAAGUCGGGCGAGCAGUGCUGGUCGCUGGCUGAGCUGGUGCAGGCCGUGGUGAUCCUGGCCCACUGCCACUCCCUCUGCAGCUUUGUCUUUGGAUGUGACACAGACUCAGACUUUGUCCCUCUUUCCAAAUCUCCUAACGGUACCCCGCCGACCUUUUGCCCCUUUGAUGCUGCCAACGGCAACGCCAACGUGCCUCAGUCGCUCGCCACUCCCUCCGAACACAUAACGCGACGACGGUCUCUGGACUCCAGUUGUGACAUGGUGUGUCUAAAGGAGAGGAUUCAGAAGUCCCAGGAGGAGCGUGAGAAGAGAGAAGAGCGUCUGCUGCUGCAGACCCAAACACUCCAGCAAACAGAUAUGGAAGAAGAGGAGGAGAUGAUUUGCUUUGCAGACCCGACGCGUUUUAUCACAGACCCUGACUUUUGCUAUCAGGAGUUUGCUCGUAGGGAGGAGGACCACUUUCAAGUAUUUAGAGUUCAGGACUAUUCAUGGGAGGACCACGGCUUCUCCUUAGUUAACAGGUUGUAUUCGGACAUCGGGCAUCUCUUGGACGACCGAUUCAGGAGUGUGACCACCCUCCCCUCGUUGCACAGCCCUGACCUGAAGAGGGCGAUCUGGAACUACAUCCAUUGUGUGUUAGGAAUACGGUAUGAUGAUUAUGAUUACGGAGAAGUGAACCAGUUGCUGGAGCGGGAUUUGAAGUUGUACAUCAAGGCUGUGGCCUGUUUUCCAGAUGCCACCAAAACUCCAGUGUGUCCGCUGAGUUGGGCUUCACUUAAAACUUCAGAACGGAUACACGUGAAUUUACUAAUCAUGGAGGCCCGGCUGCAGGCUGAGCUGCUAUACGCUCUGAGAGCCAUCACUCAGUACAUGAUUGCCUAAGUGCUCGGAGAGGCACAAAGCUAAAACUUUCCGCCGGUACAGAGAGACCCAGAGACACGAGGAUGAAGGAAUCUCAACAGCAGACAGCGAAGUGGGACGAGAGCGGCACUUUUAAGGAGACAGAGCUUCGUCGUUUUGUAGCUGUGCCUCAUGAAUGUGCUUUUCUUUUUCUCAGAUUUAAAGUAGUGUGCCCCCUGUAGAUUCUCUUGUUGUGAAGUCCUCUUAUCAAACAUCUCGGCUCUCGGAGGUUAUGUGCAAUUAUUACUAGAGUUGUUUUAAUUUUUACCUGUUGUUUUGUGUUCCAGCUGUCUGUGAGAAACUGCUUGGUUGUAGCAGUGUGUUUCAGUAGUCAGUACUCUUUUUAGUUUGAUCAGUCUCCUUUUUCUAUUAACUAUGCUUUCCCAAAAAAAAAUCUUUUUGUACAAGUUGAAUGAAUGUUAAUGGGAGACCUUUGUUUUGUUUUUUUCUGGACAAUCCUUGUCAGUGUUGGAGGAGGACAUGAGUGGACCGUGAAAGAAGACAGUUUUGCUCUCCCCAACAUUUCGGAUUAAUGCUGGUCAAGAACAAACACAACGGUGACACUGCUGGAAGUUAUCACAUCACUAUAGUUUCUUUUAAUAAGCACUUUUUUAAACUUUAUAUAUUUAUAAUGCAAGGUAGCUCAUUAGUAGACAUUGAGACGCACAGUGUGUGGGUCUGACGCCUUUCUUCUCCACUGUAUGAGGUGUAACAAAGAUUUUAGACCGUUUGUCUUUAAACUUUCAGACUUUGCUUUUGUUCUCAACCCCAGAUUUUGAAGUGAAGUAACUUGAUCCAAGAUGUUUCAGUGAAUCAUUGGAAGGAUUUUCAAGGUAGUAAUGUUUGUAAAAUACACAAUUUACACCUGAUAAGAAAAUUUGUAACUAAAGAGGUCAGUGAGCUGUUUCCUACAGUGAAGAUUAAGCUGAGCCAUUCACUAAAUGAUUGUUUUGCAGUUUUGUACUAACAUGCUUCAAAAAUGAUCAAAUCAGAGACUGAAUUUCAGACCAAAGGUCAUUCAAAAAAACAUUUCACAACAGUGAAGUGAUGAACUGCAUAGAUGAAUAAUGCCCAGAUGUGGAUCUGCAGUCAUCAUGAAUUGAGGUUGAGUUCAGAUGUUUGCGCAAAGCUUUGUGUCAAAGCUUUUUUUGUGAGCUGUAUCAAAGUUGAUUAUCAAGUCAAAAUCCAUGGUACAAUUUGCAAAGCAGAACAAUGUGCAAACUAGUUGUUAAAAGUCUUUGCGUCUUUUUUAUUUUUACAGUUUUUGUAAACUCGAGUACGAUUUUGUUUAGUUUAGUUUCUGGGUGUGACGGUAGGACCUGCUUGUUGUGCUGCAGCCUGGGUAGGUGUAGAGGAGUGACAGACUGUUUAGAGUUAGGCUAUAGUAACUGCAGGAUGUACAAAAGAAACAGAAGUGCAUAUCGGCAAAAGCGCUGUUAACACAGGUGCCUUCAGGCUAAAACUGUAGUGCUGCUGAAGUGGAAGGAUGUGAGUACUGGAGGCUGAAUGUGGGCUUUGGUUGCAGCUGGGAAACACCUCCAACUGACAAGUGUAAAACUUGGGGCUUUUCCUGCAUGAAUGGGAACUGUUUUUUCUUGGUGUUGGUCAGCACCAUUUCUGAUUAAAUCACGGCUGUGAAUUUCCGUGUUUUCUAUCAGACACCUUCUACAAACCCAGCAAGAGCCUUUGACACAGAUGGAUGUUAAAAAAUGUUCAACAUGAGCAGAUAAAAAAAAAAAGGACAAUUAUUUAAAAAAAAAAAAAAAAAAAAAAAAAAAAGAGAACAAGUGAAAAGACAAAAAAUGUUUUUUGAAAAUGUGAAGAAAUGUUUUCUAUAAAGAUGCUCUAUGAAAAUAACGCCCGUCUACUGUUUUACUUUCGUCUACACAGGAUACCUUAAAGAACCAUACCAGUGUUUUGGGAUGUUUUUGUCCAUUUGCUAAAUAUGAUAAUAUGACCAAAUAUUUUUCUUAAGUAAUCCCUCAGUUUUUAGACUUUUGUACCAUCCAGCCAUUUUCAAUUGUUUGACUACAUGAAAAUCCACUUGUGGAUUUGGCUGAAUUAGCUAAUCCAUCACAGGGCAUCAUGUUUACUGUCAAAUUUAACUAUAUUGCCCAAAAUUACAAAUCGCAACUUGGCCUCCAAGGCUUGUAAAAUGUAAAAUAUAAAGUUGUAGCGCCAUCCACACUGCACACAGAAAGUAUAAAAUGGUAAUACGGUUGUAAUUAAAGAGUGAUUUGAAGAUGUCCCUCGCCAUCUCAAUUGGGUCAAGUCUGCAAGCUGAUAAUGAUUUCACAGACUGAAAUAAUAUGAAACCAGUAGUUGUCAGGAAGGGAAGAAAGUUUAAAGAAGAUUUAAUGCAAAACUUCCUCUUUUUGUUAACUUUGACAGCUUUUCCUUGCUAAGCGGCAGUGGACUGACAAAAAACAGAAUAUUGCUCUAAAAACAAACUUUGGAAAGCACCUAUUUGAGUUAUUAAUUUAAUUGGCAAACUGCUGAAGCCUUAUUAUAGGUUUGGUAGAACUUUGAAAUACAUUUUUGUAGAGAUCCCUCCCUAAUGCGAUUUCAAUGUAAGUGAUGGGGCACAAAACCUACAGUCCUUGUUCUGUGCAAGCUGUCCAGGAAAACAAAAAGAGUAAGUUUUGCAUUAAAAAGACUAACUUUGGAAAAUAUCCGCUUGAUAUCACUAAGUCACACUACUGAAGUCUUAUAUUUGAUUUGGCUAAACUUUGGAAUACACAGAGGGAAGACUGUGGAUUUUGUCCCCCAUCACUUACAAUGAAAUCGCAUUAGGGAGGGAUCUCUUCACAGCCAGCAUGGAGAGGAGGAAUGAUUACAGUGACCAAAAACUCUUUCAGUGUAUGCAUGGGAGUAUUAUUUCAAGACAGACUUGAAAAAAUGUAAACCUAUUCUUUAAAAACCUAAAACUGUAAGUUUGUAAAAUACAUGUGAUUUAUCAUGAAGCCAAAACCAGCAGAAAUGUGUAUAAUUGGUUCAGUCCUUACGGCACAUGUAGUAGCAAGGAAACAUGAAAUAUUUCAAAAGUGCCUUUCACUUUUAUAUUUUUAUUUAAAUCUUAAUAACCUCCAGUAUAUUGUACAUUUAUAUAUGCUGCUAUAUGUAGUUCCAGUAUUUGUGGUUGGAUACUGAGUAGUUGUAUAACUAUAAAACAGCGUGCUCUAGUGGCAGACCUGCAGAACUGAACACAGUCUGACUUCAAACAAACGCCUGUCAGAAGCAUUUAAAAGUCAGUAACUUUGCACCCAACAAGUCAGAAAAAGUGGGUUAAACAGUUUAUUGAAUUUCUUUCUGCUGUUCAGAACUGUUUGUCAUUUCUGGCCGACUUUACAAUGUGUAAAGAAAGAAAAAGAGUGGGGGGGGAGAAACACUAUCAACAUUAAUCAAAAAUCAUAACAUAAUUCGCUUAUGCACAACUUAUCAUAACCUGUCCACCCACCCUCCCCUAUGGAAAUAAAAAACCCACCCGUGCAGAAUACUAAAAUGCUGUAUCAAAUGGGGCAAUAUUAAAUUUCAAAACAAACAUACAGGGACUAACUGCUAAAGAAAACUGAAGAACAAAAUAUGUAGUUAGUUGUAAUUACAUAGAAGGGGGAGAUACAAGGGAAGUAAUAACGCAACACCCCCACCCCCCUUUAGGAGGCAACAGUAAACUAGAGACAUCAAGACCUGGUGCAGCAGAUUCUCACAAACCAAGCAGCACCACUCCUUUUACAUGCUGCAGUUCGUCCUAUCAGCUGUUAAAACACCUGGACAUUAGUUCAGAAAAACUGGGGGGUUGUUGCAUAUACAACUUUCUAAAAUAAUUACAUGUUAUGACUAAAAAUAAUAAGAAAAUCAUGCAGUUUGAACAAGCCAGUCUUCUGUUUCCAGAUCUAUUUAAGUGACCAGUUUAGAUUGGGGGCAUCAUUUAUAUAAAAACAUUAAAACUGUUGAUUCAUAACACCAAAUCAAGAUCCUUGUGCUGUAUACAGAAAAUUCAAAAGGCCCUGAUAUGCACCCAUUGCAUCAUUACGUACUCCUGGAUACGUCACAAAUGACAUCUAGCACCAUUCAAAAAGAGAAAUGAAAAAAAAAUUUGUGGGAGAAAUAAAAGUAGAGUGCUUUGUACAAAUUAGAGGCUUAACAUAUUGACAUAGCUACAGUGAAAUGAUGAAUAUUAAGAGUUUAAACUGCAGGGAUGUUAUUCCUGAUCACAAAAAUGUCGACGGCUGUGAACAAAGUAAUUAAAUACAAACACAAAACACACAAUUUUGAGGGGGGGUAAGAUGAUAAAAUAAUAAAAGUCCAUCUUGCUACAGAGUAACGUCAUGCUAUAGUGUUUUAAAUAUUGGCAGUCAAAAAAAAAAAACCCCAAGGGAUAGGCUUGUGCUGAUAUACAUGGCUGGAGAGAUAGAAUACAUUUCAAUAAAAAGGGAAGUCAAAUUUGAGAUCAACUCAACAGAAACGUCUCCAGGAAAACAAAACAAAAGACGCGGUGUGUUGGUUUCCAGUCUGUAGAAACAGAAAUGUGUAAAAUAAAUAUAGUUUUUGCUGUUGUCACGUGAUCUGAUUACGUCUGUGCAGAGUUGUUUUCCUGUUGUCUUUUCUUCAGAGCGACCCUGAGAGGUAACGGUUGUAUUAGUCUCGUUUUGAGAUGAGAUUUCGACGGCUUGUUGAAAAGUGGGACGAUAAAAGGUUGUUGUCUUUUCGUCGUGCCACAUUUCAGAGCAUAUUUUUUCUUUUACUUGGAUUCACAAUGAAUGCGGAAAAUAAUGAGGCAGAUCAUUGGGAAUUUUAGUUAGAAUGGUCAAGUAUUGAUGCACUUUGCCUCACGCGUCUUUCAAAGCCAGAUUUAAUGUUACAGGCAUCUUUUGCAAAAGCUUAUGUACACCGAGAUACUGUGUCCGGCCCAAGCUCUCCCUAAAUGCCAUGCGAAUGCAAAUAUUAGUGUUCCUUUGGUUAUGUAAAAAAUCUACAUGCAUCUCAUCCUUUACAAAAAUAAAAAGUAUAGAAAAUUACCAUUAGAAAUGAUCUGAAAAUGCUUCUUCCAAUGUAAAAAAACAUCACUUGUCAUUAGUAAUAUAUUCAUAUGUAUUAAUAUCUCAUUUAUUACCUCCAUCUAAAUUGUAUAUUAAAACUAUAAUCAAAUAUAUUCUUUUUUUUUGUACUUCUCACAGAGUGAAUUAAUUUCUCGAACUAAAUAACUGAAGUACUGAAUAAUUAAAGUGUGAGAGGAUAUUCUGACAUGAAGCAGCCACGUCCCCCUCAACAAAAUAUCAGGAAAAUGUUAAAUAGCAAAACCCUUCAAGAACUGAUUUUUCUAAUUUCCUUCAAGAUUUCAUUUAGUUCUCCUUAUAAAUCUGCAUAGCGUCUCGUCGUGUACAUGUGCAAGGUGUACAUUAAAUGUCUUUUACAGGAUUUAUACUCUCUUUUUAAUGAAAUGGUGUAACCUAAUGUGGAUGUAUUCUCCUAGUUUGGGGUGCCCGUGUUGCAGGAAACCUAAGUGCUUUGAAAAUGCACAGAUGAAAAAAAGAAUCAGGUAGAGCAUUUGACAGUGGAGGCAUACUGCUGUCUGAGACAAUAUAAUACUUGGCCAACCAAUCACUUGUUGGCAAAUAAAUUUACCCUUGAAUGCCCUGUGUAGAAAUUCACAAAUCACAUUUCUUCAUUUUGUUAGUUUAACUGCACAUCAGGGAUUAAAAAAAAAAAAAAAAAAAAAA